GUCGGAUCGUACCCUAGGUUUCAGUCGGUUGAGUUAAAGCGCGAGUGAACACUGAACUUCUAAAUGUGAUGACGUGCCCUUUCCAUCAGUCAGCGGAGUUGAACCCGGCGGUGCUGCCCCUAGACUGGCUUCUGGGUACUUGGGAAUCAGACGAGCCGGGGGAAGGCUCCUUUCCUUCGAUUGCACCCUUUCGCUACAAUGAGACCCUUCACUUCUCUCAUGUGGGACAACCUGUCAUUAACUUUAUGUUUAAUGCUUUCCACGCUGAAAGCAAAAAGCCACUGCAUAGAGAGUGUGGAUUUAUCAGACUCCAGCCAGGCACCAACAGAGUAGCCUUCAUCAUUGCACAGAAUUCAGGAUUGGUGGAGAUUGAAGAGGGGGAGCUAACCGGUCACCAGAUCACCCUACAGAGUCAAGCAAUGGCCAGAACCUCUUUUGCCAAGGAACCCCAUGUUCGUGAGAUCUCAAGAUUUUUUCAGCUGAGGCCAGAUGGACGAUUGGAGCAGACUGUUUCCAUGGCCACAGAAAACCAUCCGCUGACACAGCACCUGCACAUCACAUACCGUCGGGCCUCCUAGGGGUCAGUAGAGUGAGAGGACCAAGAGUCUACAAACAACCAGUGGCAUUUAAAAAAGCAUACAGUAAAUUGCUUGUUUAAGGCUGUACAUGUAAUUUCACAUAUAACUGUAACAGUGAGCUGCAUCGACUAAGUUUCUGUGUGUGUUCUGAACUGUGUCUUAUGAGAAAGAACAGAUGAAAGAAUAUUAUACUGACAACAACAAGGACAUGGAUAAAGAUAUUUCACUGCAUUAUUCUAUUGAAUGACAGUUAAUAUAUUUAAAUAUCACCAUAUUUAAAGUUCUCUGUCAGUUGUCAUGUGUUGGAAAUGAUCGUUCAGUUAGUAGCGUGACCAGCAGAGUCAGUUUAGGAAGUCUUUAUGCACUGGAUAAAUUGCACUGCACUACAACUUCAUGAGCUGUUAUUUAUUUAUUCCACUGCAUAUUUUUGGCUCUUUUUGUAGCACUUGAUUUACUCAGGAAUUGGUGCUAAUGAAUAUUGCUGUCCUGCUGGUUUCUUCUGUCUAAGACACUCCUCAUCUUAAACAGUAGAGUCAGGUUUUGGCAGUGAGAAAAGUUUUCCCAUUGGUUGUUUACUUGAAUAAAUAAAAGA